AUGGCAAAUAAGAAAGCCGAAAAUGAUGGCACGUUGCUAAACACAUUUAAAGAUGAAUCAUCUUCAAAUACCAAUAAAAAAACAAAUAAGAAAACCAAAAACGAAGAAACUAUAACAGUAUUAUUAUUUGGAAGCAAAGGAAGUGGGAAAACGACUUUAGCUAAUGUGAUCAAUAAUAUUAAUAAUAUGGAAGCAAUUGAUACAAUGGAGUUUGGUAAUAGAAGGUUAACCCCUCAAGAAAUAUUAUAUAACUUUGCAGAAACUGCCGAUGAUAUUAAAGGCGGAUUUAACCAAAUUUUAUUUGUCACUAAUGGAAGUUUUAGGGAAGAGGAAAUGGAAGCUUAUGAUUUAUUACAAGUUAUUUUUGGUCGAGAUAUUGUUAAUUUUACAACUAUAGUUAGAACUAAAUUUCCAGAUUUUGAAGAUGAUACUGAGUGUGAACAAGAUCGUUUAGAUAUGAUUAAGGAAAAUGACAAACUUUCUACAAUAAUUAAAGAAUGUAAAAAGGUUAUUCAUGUAGAUAAUCCACCAAUAACACGUCGUACUAAGGAAGGUGCAGAAGAAACCCGAAAAGAAUCAAGAAAAAAAAUAUUAAACCACUUAAAUACUUGUGGAAACAUUUAUUAUCCACCAAAUUUAGCUGGAAUAAAAGAGUACACGACGAGUAUAGAAAAAUUAGAAAAUGAGCUUGAAGAUUUGAAAAGGCAAAUUGUAGUAGUUUAUAAUCCAUCAACUAGUAGCGAUAUCUCAGAAGAAAAAGAAGAGGAGAUUGUAGUUGAAAAUAUUUAUACAGAGAAUAAUGAUUAUGGUUAG